AUGGUUUUUUUUCUAGAUGAUGAAGAUUGUCCUGAAUGUGAUGAGAUUCUGGAAGAACUGGAAAUGAUUGAUGAUGAGGCAGAUCUGUAUGGUAUUGACAUGGUGAAAAUCUCAGAUCCAGAAGCAUCUGCUAGAUACAAUAUCAUCCACACGCCUUCACUGAUCUACUUCCGCAAGAGAGUUCCUCUAGCUUAUGAUGGUGAUUUACUGGACGAAGAAAAGCUUUUAGCCUGGUUGACAUCACAGGAGAUAUUUGAACUAAAAAAUGAAAUUGAAGAAGUUAAUAGAAAAAUGCUUGAUAAGCUGCUAGAUGAGAAUGAGUUCCUGGCAGUUUACUUCUAUGAAGUUGACAAUGAUGAGAGUAUGGAUGUGUUGGAACGGUUGGAGAAGAUCGACAGUGAGACAGACAACAUGGAUGUGACGAUAGUCAAGAUGGGCGACCCUCGCUAUGCCCGCAAGUGGGGCGUCACCAAACUUCCCUCGGUCGUCUAUUUCCGCAACCGAUUCCCCAGCAUCUACAGAGGUGGGUUUGAGAACGAGCUGGAUGUGCUAGAGUGGUUGCGCAAGAAUCGCUACAGACAACCUGAGCUGAAUCUCUUCAUGUACGCUUUGAUCGCCAUUACUCUCGCCUUCGUCAUGUACACCGUCUUCCUCAUCUACGGCUUCCAACAGCCGCCAAAGGUCGCGUGAGCUCAACUCGGCUCCUCACGGAGCUAACUUCCAACUGUUUGAAUCUCAUCGCAGUCGUGUUGCGAUUGUUAUCGGAAACAUAGUUUUUAAAAUAAAUUUUCCAUUUUUGAAAGCAAAAUUGACAAGUGAAUUACUAAAUUGACUUGGUGUUCUUAAAAUUUGAUGAAACUUUUUAACAAGUUAAACAGUGUUUUGGUUGGAGUUUUAACGACAUUUUUCACACCGAUCGGUGACACGUGUUAGCGUUGUUUACAUUUCAUUGCCGAGGGCCCGUGACAUAGUCACAACCUGUUCCAGCCCUGGGACCAAUUACGGAGAAGAGGCCUUGAUCACGUUAGAUGUAAUUAGGUAUAUUUGCCGGUGAAACUACUUUCCUUAUUUUUGUAAAAUAAGGGAAUCGUAAGUUUGAACGUGUAAACUCCCCGUUAAUAGUUGUUGAUUCCUAUUGUUUUGUAAAUAAUACGAUAUUGUUUUUUAAUAUUAAGUUGUUUAUUUGUCUUAAGCCAUGCGUUGUUUAAUGUAUAGUUUGAAGUGGGAUGUUAUAUACUGUUUGUGCCUUUAGUGGUGUAAAUCUAGUCCUCAUUCAAGAAACAUUAGUUAAGUUCCAAGUUUUUGUUGGUUACCAAAUUAAUCAGCCAUUUAUCAUGAAUUAAUCUUUAUUUCUAUUUAGUUAGAGGUUUUUAUCCGUCUGUUUUAUCAACCAGGUAAAAAGAUUCUAAUUGAGCACUUUACUAAUUAAUUUUAUACAUUAACAUGUUGAACAUGUCUUCUUUUCCAUGCAAUGGCCUUCAUAAACCCCGUUCAAAUUCAAUGACAAUUAUUAUAUCUCACAUUUCAUUACCGGUAACUUAUUAAUUUACUCACACUACACACCAACCUCCAGGAAAGUUUAUUGUGCUUGUAUUCAAUUGUAACAGUGAUAAAAGCAAACAAAAUCUCUUAGUAAAAUUAGCUUUUUCCAUUGUUAAAUUAACACACCGUGAUGCAACCACCCCAACCACAAACUAAUUUAGCAUUGACUGAUAUCAUUGCACAAAGAAGCACAACUUUAAAUUUGUUAUAAAAGUUGUUUUGUUCCACUAUCGUUUUUCAUAACUAAGUUACUAAAUUUAAAAAACAAUCUUCUUAUGCAUUUAAUUUUAUUCAACAACUGUCUAGUUUUAAAAUACACCUCCGUGGUUGAACCAUUGGCUGUAUGUACUCUUUUUGAAUAGAUUACAAUCAUCCAAUUAAAAGAUAUAAACCCAAACCCACUUUACGACAAAAAUAAAAGACUGAACAAAAUGGCUAUUAAAUUACAAUUAACAAAAAUGAGCAACAUUUUCAAUGAUUAUUUAUUAUUUAAACAAUUAUUUUGUUAUAAAUAUGCCCCCUGUUUCAAGAUUGAAUCCCCUAACUCAAUUGUCAGUCUCAUCUCAAGGUUUAUCUACAGUCAAUGGGUUAAUUUUUCCAAAGCGUUUUAUAAGUUUGUGGCCUUAAACUUUGCUACUCGUUGUAGUUUUUUUUUUUCACAAUCUGUAAAUAUUAGUGUAAUUCUGUGUACAAAUGAACAGAACAUUUGUAAAUAAAAUGUAUAAAUAAACGUCUGUUUAUUUAAUGGUU